AUGUUUUAUUAUGCUAGACUUUCUGUGAGUUCCAUUUGUAUCAUAUCUUUUUUACAUUUGGUAUGCAGUAAGGUAUGUAUCUUAACGCGGAGUUAUUUUUAUUCCUUAGAUAUCGAAUGUACAAGGAAUCCGCUUCUUGGAGCAGGACCAAACCAUUCUAGGGGAAAAAAAAGAUGUGGCCCAAAGGACACCAUGGGUUAUAGUACCAAUAUAUUUGUUUACUAA